AUGAAUCCGUUUGAAGACUUAAUCGCUGAAACCAGUGGAAAUGAAAUGAUAAGGUCACAGAGUUUUGAUCUUUCCAAUCCUGGAACUUCUUUAUUUCAACAACCUACACAAAUAUCAAGUGUGUCAAGUGCUAUUGGGCAUAAUCCUGCUCGUAUGGCUGAAUUUUUAGGAUAUCAUACAAUGAUUAAUAAGCCCACGAAAAAAUUAGAAACCAUCCAUGAAGGUUUACCAUCAUCAGCACAAAAUAUCGCAUUAAACUUUCACUCGAAACCAACCGCUGAACCUAAAUUGUCGGAUAAAAAAAUUGUAUCUAUUCAUGGUUCUGUUAGUUCAUGGCAUUUAUGA